AUGCUCGACCACGGCACCUUGCUCGUCCGCGGCGCCGCCGACGCCGCCGACGACCCCACGCGUUCGGUCAUCCAGCCCAUAUACCCAUCGACGACGUACGCGCGCGACGACGCGCACGAACUUCCGCGUUUUCGCGACCGAACGCUGUGCUACGCUCGGCCGGAUAAUCCAUCCGUGCGCGCGUGCGAGCGCACGCUGCGCGAUCUCGAGCGCGGGAGCGAUUGCGCUUUGUUCUCGUCCGGCAUGGCGGCCGUGAACGCCGUGCUCGAGGGCGCGGUGCGCGGGACGUCGGACGCGAGUUCGUUCGCGUGCUCGCCGAGCCGCGGGUACUUCGCGGUGCGCGCGCGAAUUCGAGAGUGGUGCGCCGCGCGAGGCGUGGAGGUCGUGGAAUACGACCCCGAUGUGCCAGGGCGAAAAGCGGCGUUGGUGUGGGUGGAAUCCCCGGCGAAUCCCACGUGGGACGUGAUGGAUUUAGAACAGGUCGUGGCCGUGGCGAGGGCGUGCGAUGCGGGGUGCGUGUGUGUGGAUUCGACGGUAUUGACGCCGAUUUGUACCAAGCCGUUGUCGUUCGGCGUCGACGUCGUGAUGCACUCUGCGACCAAAUAUUUGAACGGACACGGGGACGUCGUCGCGGGAGCUUUGGUGACGCGCGAAUGCGAUGAUCGAUGGCAGCGGAUCUUGCAUGAGCGUAAGCUCGGCGGGGCGACGAUGGGGUCGAUGGACGCGUACUUGCUCUCGCGAGGCAUGCGUACGCUAGAGCUGCGCGUGCGCAGACAAAGCGAAAGCGCAAUGUGGAUCGCGCACGAGUUCGAACAGUACUUGCGCAGUCGAAUUCCUCACGGCGCUAUCGUUCUAUACCCGGGGCUUCAAACCGAUACAACGGUGGAGUCGAAGAACGCGCAUUACGACAUCGUAAAUCGCAUGUGUCCAAACGGCGUUUGCGACUAUUGGACGUGCGCCACGUCGCUCGGCGGUUUCGAGUCGCUCAUCGAACACAGGUAUUCGGUCGAGUGCGCGCCGGGCGAAAAGGAGCCGCACGUGCCGGGUGGUCUGUUGCGUCUGUCCGUGGGGUUAGAAACGAAGGAAGAUUUGCUCGCGGGUUUAAAGCGCGGAUUUGAUAUCGCGCUCAUGGACGUCGUAGGCGCUAGUGUGGCGACGUAG